ACCCCCGUAAUCGUCCGUGUAAUCCGCGAAAUAAUCCUCAGAGAGAGAGAGAGAGAGACCCACCCGGUCCGAUGCAAUUUCGCGCGAAUAUGAAUAAGAAUCACGACUCACGCGUGACUCGAGGCUUUCUCCAUGCGGCGAAGUUAGGGCGCUGCCGGGCGGAGCAGGCAGGCCAGGUAGGGUUGGCGUCGAGAAGAACCAUGGUGGAGGCUUGUGGGGUGGCGGCAGGAACGGCGACGGCGGCGGCAACAGUGAUAUGGUAGUGGAAAUGGUGACGAUGGUGGUGGUGAGUGACCGACUGCGCAGACCCCAAAGUCUCGCAGCCGCGAGUACGUAGUCAAACUCCGGCUCAGUAAGGACUGUGGUCCCCGUUUGCAGUGUAGUUCGAAAUCUCCGGGAGCGACCGCGGUUCUUUCGUUUUCCUCUCUUUCUCCUUUCUCUCUCUCUCUCUCUCUCUCUCUCUCCCUUUCUUCUCUUCUUCUCUUUUUCUCUACAAGCUCCCUUCCGUCUUUCUCUCUGUCUUUUCUCUCCUCGCCUAUCAUCUAUUUUCUCUCCUCCCUACUCCUAUAAGCAUUCCCUUUACUCACAAAAACGUUUCCUUAACUUUUUUACCCGCGGUUUGUUCGUCACUCCGCACGCGAUCAUCACGCGCGGCGAGCGAUUCGGGAUCAGUGACCGAUCUACGAUUGAUGGAUACGAGCGAAAUAUAUUGGACAAUCCCCGGUAAUCCAAGGUGUCUUCAUGGCGAGUCACGUGGAUGGGCAAUCCGGUGAUUCGGGAGAAUCUCGUUAAUUCGACUCGGGGCGAGUGCGCGAGACGUGCGAUCCGUAUCAGAUAUCUGUCACUGGACAAGUCUAUCGGUGGACCGCGGAUUACGGGGAUCACGGGGUGAAUCUGACGAGUGCGUGGCAAAAAUUCGCUCGGGUGUAUCGGGUCGAUGUGCACGAGUCCGAGGAAACUCACUGACAGUUUGCGUCGCUCGGUGGUAGUUCCAGUCCGGAAGAAGCUCAUAUGGAAUGGCAUCACAUGGGCCGUCGCCGCCGUCGACGCUGCCGAUCGCGAUAGCGAUGGUCGCCGUGGUGACAGCUGUGGCUAGUGGCCUUUGCCCGGCACGAUGUCGGUGCGACGACGAGAGUCUACGCGCCUCUUGCGCUUACGCCGAUCUCGAGGUCGUGCCGAUCCAAUUGAAUCCGGAGAUCCGUCACCUGGAUCUUUCCAAGAAUCGCGUUACCAGCGUGCACCUCACCUUCGGUUUCUACGGCAAUCUCGAGAGCCUCGAUCUCAGCUCGAAUCUCAUCCACACAUUGGGCCAAGAGAAUUUCGCUCUGCAGCAAAACUUGCUCGCGCUAAACGUCAGCAAUAACGCGAUUCAUACAUUAGCGAAGAACGCUCUGCGAGGACUUACAUCUCUGAAGGAAUUGAAUCUGGCUAGCAACAACAUCUCGCACAUGGACGAGCAGACGUUCAAGUACACCAGCGAGCUGGAAGUGUUGAAUCUGAGCGAUAAUUCGAUUACGAGUCUGCCGGAAGAUCUACUGACGAAUCUGCACAAGAUACGGACAUUGAUCCUAAGCGAGAAUUCGCUGUUGGAAAUACCGGCGAAUAACCUGGCGCUAGCCCCAAGUCUAGAGCGAAUAGAUAUGUCAUAUAACUUGAUACUGGAACUCAAUCGAGACUCCUUGCCGUCAUUACCAUCGCUGGUCUCUUUAAAUCUAUCGAACAACGUUAUUAGAGGCAUCGCCGAUGUCGCUUUUGAUCGCCUGCCGGAUCUUUUGUAUCUGGAUUUAUCCGGGAACAAUCUAACGUCCGUGCCUACGGCUGCCUUAGCCAGACUAAGCGUUCUGACGAGUCUCGUUUUAAGCACGAAUCCUCUGGGAUUCUUAGAGGCCGUGGCCUUUCGCAAUCUCUUCGAAUUGAGGAGCUUGGAAUUGAACGACUGCAUGAUCGCGAAUGUAAAUGCUCGAGCAUUCGCCGAUAACGUGAACCUCGAGCGCAUCUCGAUGGAUGGCAAUCGAGAAUUGAGGGAGCUACCAGUACGUGUCUUAUACGGGGCUCGAUAUCUCAGAUGGGUCUCACUACGCCGAUGCAGCCUGGCGACUCUGCAACCAACGCAAUUUCCGGUCGACGGUCUGUCCCAUUUGCGUGUCGGCGGCAAUCCUCUCGUGUGCAACUGCUCGGUCCAUUGGCUGUGGAACGUGAUUCGCGCCGAGGAGCGACGCAAUGAGACGCGACUUGAACUGGAUACCCACGACAUUGUCUGCAGCGAUGAGGAAUUCGCCGGCAAGGAGCUGAUCGCGCUGUCCGAGGGUUCCCUACGGUGUCGCCUGAGCCCGCUGUAUCUAUCAUUGUCGGCUGCCGGUUGUCUGGCGGCUGCCGCGACCGUGCUCGCUCUGAUCGCGCAUCUUACCCGGGCGAAGAGGAAGAGACGCUCGUCGCUAGCUUACGCCGCGCCGAACCGUCCCGAGUUUCUUGUCUACGUUGGUAGGAGUGACAACGGGCUGGACAAGAACGCCGAGUCGUACAGCCGCCGUCUGUUAGCUAGGAACAAUGACGACAUGUCGUACGAUUCACCGCGGGGCAAGACGGCGGCGGCUACGACGGCGGAGUGCAGCCCGCAGUCGCAGGACACGAACAUCUACGAGACCCCGCGGUACGCCCGGCCCGGGCAUCGCGACCUCGUAGAUCCUUCGUACGGGAAGCGGCUGACGGAAGAAGGGGUGUACGCGGUGGCGGACGUGACCGAUCUGCGGGACGAGCCGCCGGAAGUGCUAUCGCUUUAUCGCGCGCAUAGUCCUUCCGCCCGAUCGAACGCUCUGCGUCGGUUGGACUAUGGUUACGAUUACGAGUACGAUUACGAUUACGAGCCGGCACAUCAGUCGCCGCCACCGCCACCGCCGCCACCGCUUUCCGAGAAACCGCACGUUGUCUUUGUGUGAGGGAGACGCUUGUGGGUCCAGCUAUAGUCGUAAUCAGCGAAUUCGAGGAUAGUCUAGUCGUUAAGGCGAAUCGGAUGCGCCACCAACUCCGUAUCGCGAGCUUUUAACGGUCCAAAACGUCUCGGGAUUAUUGCUUCGACGACAUUCGGUGUCUUGAUUACUCGAGCGUCGCGCUACGUAUGUGAUGAGAGGACUGCGGUGUAUAUUGCGGGGAUGGUGCAGAAAUACAAAAGAUUCACACUAGCGAAACUCCACGACCGAUCGUUCAAUUUACACAACGUGUGUACGAUGUUGUAGCACACACUACGCUCAUCGCAUACGUGGACCAAUCAACUGCAAGUUGUAUAUACACGGUCAAACGUUUGAGCAAUAGUAAUUCGUUAAGUUUGCUCGACGAGCACGAGGAGAGAUGAAGGGAACAGCGUCCACCAUUGUUCCAAACAGUUUGCACCGCGGUAAGAUCCGAGAGUUGCGUCAAUGUAGGUGGACAUUACUUUCCACUUGCCGUUUGAAAAUGAUCGAUAUUCCAUCGCCGUCGGAAAAGCGGAUUAUCCUGAAAUUCUGUUGCUCGAGCGCGAAUGUGCCGUGUUUCGCUUGUAAGAAACCGAAGCGAGUUACGGAGGGCUCGUGACGUGUCACGCUGAAAUUAUACCCCUAGGACAAACAAAAGCAACCGUGGACGAGUGAAAAUGAAAUGUCUUCCGAGAUAGUUGCGUCGCUGCUAGAGAAAGAGGGAGAGAGAGAGAGAGAGAGAGAAAGAAAGAGAGAAAGGGAGAACGAGAGAAAGAGAGAAAGAGCGAGAAAGAAAGAGCCAGGGAUGCAUUCUCACUCUGAGGGAACACAAUCUGACUCGGAAUGUGAAUCGUGCGGGAACGUAAGAGAGUACGUUAUAUUAUAUCUUGACCAUGGAGAGAAAGAGGCAAAGAGAGAACGAGAAUCCGUAUUUAUUUUAGAGAAUUGCGAAUUUUGAAAUCCGCUGGCUCAGUGCGAAUGCAAUGGCCCGAUUUUGGCUAGGCGAACGUUCAUUUCGCGUUGGAUUUGUUUGAAAACGUAGUGACAAAUCAAAUUAAAGCUGCGUCGCGUGUUAGUCGAUUAAAGGACCUUCUAGAGAUUACUACUAGCUAUCUAGAGAUUAAUUGUAAAAAGUCCGUUCCAGGCUGAGAAGCUUUCCCGGCUCGAGGUUUGCAACUAAACUCUUGUCGACUACAUCAACCGUGAUUUAAUAAACAUAUAGCGCUUUUAUUAAAUUCAUUUUUUAGAAUCCAAUUAUUCGAGUAUCUGGAUCUAAAUAAAUAUAUUUCUGCUUGGUUACUAAAUCAUUGUAGAUUUCUAUAAAAUAUUUAUUAUCUAAAUAAUAAAUAGACAACGGAUAUGUGAAUUAUUGAAUCUUUAUUUAGCCAUUAUAAAAGUUAUAAUGCCGGAAAUAUCUAUCCCAGACAGCAGACAAUACUUAUAAAAUAUGUACAAAAUAUUUAUAAUGAUUAUUUGAAUAUUUUAUAAAUAUUUUGAUAAAUAUUUUAUAAAUAUUUUUGGGAUUUUAGAUUUAACAGAUCAUAAAAAUUAUCAUAAAUAUUAUAAAAAUAUUUAUAAAAAUAUUGAAAAAUAAUUACAAAAUAUUAUCAUAAAUAUAUUUAU